AUGGUUCUGGAGGACAACGAGUGUGACUCCGUCUUUGAGCCCCAUAUUACUGAGGAGCAUGUGGAGACUCAGUAUGGGAAUGUCCACUGCAUCAUGACCGGAACUCCAAGGGCAAACCGCCCUGUCAUCCUGACCUUUCAUGAUGUCGGACUCAACCACAAGUCGUGUUUUGAAAAGCUCUUCAACCAUGAGGACAUGCAUGAAAUCAUCAGACAUUUGCCUGUUUGCCAUGUGGAAGCACCUGGACAACAUGAGAGAGCCAAGACUCUUCCAACCGCGUAUACCUAUCCUUCCAUGGACCAGCUGUCUGAGGCUCUGCCCGCUGUCCUCAAACACUUUGGGCUGCGCAGUGUGAUUGGACUGGGAGUUGGAGCAGGAGCUUACAUCCUGGCAAGAUUUGCUCUGAAUCAUCCAGAUCUAGUGGAUGGGCUGGUUUUGGUCAACAUCAACCCCUCUGCUGAAGGCCUAAUAGACAGUGUUGCAUACAAGAUUACUGAGUGGACCCACACGCUCCCAGACCAAGUCAUUGCACACUUGUUUGGAAAGGAGGAGAUCCAGACCAACCAUGACCUCAUAGCCACAUACCGUCACCACAUCACAGCAACAAUGAACCAAUCCAACGUGAGCCAGUUCUUCCGCUCCUACAUCAGCCGCAAUGCUCUGGAGGUGGAGAGGCCUGUUCCUGGGGGAAACAUCAACGUCAGGACCCUCAAGUGCUCCACUCUGCUCAUUGUAGGAGAUAAUUCUCCAGCAGUGGAGGCCGUGGUCGAAUGCAACUCCAAACUCAACCCCACCAAGACCACACUGCUCAAGAUGUCAGACUGUGGUGGUCUCCCUCAAGUGGUCCAGCCAGCAAAAGUGAUAGAAGCCUUCAAGUAUUUCAUCCAGGGCAUGGGAUACUUAUCCAGUGCCAGUAUGACCAGACUCCGAUCGCGGACGACCUCCAGCUCCAGCAUCUCUUCCUUCGAAGGCUCUCGUAGCCGUGCACACACCAAUGAACUGCGUGGAAGAACACAUUCCCAUGGGACCGAGGAGAAGCGGGGGCGCUCUCACACUGACGUGUCCAUGGAGAGUAUCUCCAACAGCAACAUGGACCAGAUCAUCUCGAAGUCCACUGAGCUGGCAUGUUAG